AUGAGAUCUCACGCGUUGCUCGCAUUGGUCUUGUGCCUCUUUGCAGCAUUCGCAGCUGCCUGGACUAAAGAGGACGACGAAAUCUUCCGCAUCCGUGACGAAGUUGCUAAAGCAGACGGCGCCAAUGUCACCUUCUACGAUCUCCUCGGUGUCAAGCCCAGCGCGUCUCAAGACCAAUUGACUCAAGCCCUCCGCAAGAAGUCGCGCGAACUUCACCCUGACAAGGCCCGCAAGCCAUCCAACAAGGAGAUUGAGGCACACUUGAAGAAGGUCACCGCCUCCUACCAGCGUCUCUCGGUUGUUGGAAAGAUGCUCAAGGGCCCCGAGCGCGAGCGUUAUGACCAUUUCUUAAGGAACGGAUUCCCAGCAUGGAGGGGCUCUGGCUACUACUACGAGCGCUUCCGUCCUGGCCUCGGCUCAGUUAUCGUCGGUCUACUCGCUGGAGAGUUUGCGGAGAGAUACAUUCGCCAGGCACGCAAGACUGCUUGGGGUGAUGAGAGUGGUCUUCAGGGCAUCCCUAGAGUCGAUGACACCGCCGCACCUGUAAACGCCGAACAGUUCGAGAAGGAUUCGCCCGAGGAUACACCAGAGGAGCUAGGCCCACGCAACCGUAGGGAGAGGCGCGCUAUGGAGAAGGAUGCUCGCAAGCCCAAGAAGGCGCAAGCUGUCAAGAAGGCGCGUGCCGAUGGUAUCAGCACCCCGGUUGAGGCAGAGGUAAUCUCUGGUCCUCAGGGAGCCAAGAAGCGCAUCGUCGCCGAGAAUGGCAAGGUCUUGGUCGUCGACUCCGUUGGCAAUGUCUUCUUGGAGAUUGAGAACGAGGAUGGAAUGAAGGGCGAAUAUCUGGUCGACCCCGAUGAGGAGCCCAAGCCUACUAUCUACGACACCCUCCUGUUUAAGCUACCCAAAUUUGCCUACAACCAAUCAGUUGGGCGCGUCCUCGGAAAGAAAGAGAUGAUCGACGAGCCAUUGCUCGAGACCUCCAACCUCACCGAAGAGGAGGCCGCCAUCCAGAACGCUACCGCAUCCAACCUCAACGGCGAGGCGAGAAAACGCAAGGCCAUGGCCAAGAAGGCAAGGUAG